UUUCAUGGUGUUAUAAUUAUGUGGAUGGUUUUCCUGAUAUUGAACCAUCCUUGUAUUCCUGGUAUAAAUCCUACCUUAUCACAGUGAAUAACCUUCCUGAUCACUUGCUGGAGUCUUUUUCCUAGUAUCCUAUUUAAGAUUUUUGCAUCUAUCAGGGUGUUAGAAUUAGAACAGACCAAUGAGAGAACCUGGUCUAAUUCUCUCAUUUUAGAAGUGAGAGGCCCACAGAGGUAAAGUGAUUUUAUCCAAGAUCCAGGUAUGUGGUAGAAGUGGGAUCCUAAGCUCAGGUUAAGUCAAAUACUCCUGUUACAUUCCACUGUUUUUGGAAUUCCUCCAAUUAAGUACUGACCCAAGGUGAGCUAACACUAUUUCAAAAUUGUGCUGCUGAUGUGUGAUACCUUCUGGUGAUGUGUAGAGCAGAAUGUUAAAUGCUAAAAACUUAGACAAUGGAAAAUUCACAAAUACUAACCAAAAGCUUUAGAAGCAGAAAAACUAUUUUUAAGCACUCCUUGAUGCUUUGAAAAACAACAACUAAACACUUGUCACAUACUGUGCUUUUGUUAUUGACUGUACCUCAUUUCUGUCCAGUACUGAUUUCUUUUUCCUCUUUCUUGUUCCAUGAGUAUUUGUGGACAAUCUAUGUUCUUUAUUGCUCCAGCUGAAUGUACUCCUUAUUGAAGAAGUUUUAACUAAUUGAGAUGUAGCCAUGGCUCCUGGUAAAUAUGUAUAUCUCAUGGAUCCCAGUUUAGCUUUUUGGGAACCAGUUUUGUUUUCAGCUUUUUACCUUCCCUAACAUGUGGCUCCUUGCCUCAGGGGACUUCUCUAUUCCAUUUAUGCUUAUGUCUUAUUCAAUCCCAUUAUUAAUACCACAGAUCUCACAACUCAGUAAGAGGCUUUGCAGAUGUACUUCUCACCAAAAAUAAGAAUACAAAUUUUGCAUCUGUCUGUAGCUGGUAAACAAAUGUUUGGGUUCAGUUUUUGUGCAUUUUAGCUUGACCUCUCUUCCAUUGUCUGCACCCCUAACUGGUAAACUACUUUGUGUACCCAAACUACAGGUCACCUAGGACCCUGAAUUAGAGACUUUGGAUGUGUGUUUUAUAUCAGCUGGAAAAACUGGAGGCUCAGAAUCUCAGAUCAGCCAGGCAACAAGAAGAGAACUACGGAGAGCAGGAGACAGGAGCUGUCUUGAAAGCAAAGAUCCUGAAGAUGAGAAAACUUCGGGAUGAACUAAGGAUUAAAGUGAAGCUCCAGGAAGCCAGUGCCAGAAUACCCAUCACUAAUCUAGAACCCUAUGAACCCUUGAAGAACAGUGAGGAAAAUCUGGAGAUGAAGUUGAAAAAGGCUAAAGCUUUCUUGCAAGCAUUCCAUUUAACAGGGAUUAGUGGCAAAUUGACCAAGCAAGGGGUCUGUGUCUGCUUCAGCACUGCUUUUGAGGGAAAUAUCUUGGAUUCCUAUUAUGUGGAUCUUAUCAUCCAGGAACCACUUAAGAUACAUCGCCAUUCCAUUCCAGUUUUCAUCCCCCUGGAACAGAUAGCUGCAAAGUACUUGCAGUCUGAUUUUCAACGCUUCAUGUUUAGUCUCAGUGAACACCUAAAUGCCUAUUCUGGAAGAAAAUAUCAGGCAGAUCAACUUCAGCAUGGCUUUUCAGCUUUCCUAGCCAGGCCCUUGCAAAGAAAUUCCCUGUGCACUUUGCUGACAUUCACGUACACCAUGGACUCCAGUGAGAAGGCUUUCCCUUUUUGUGCCAGGCUUGUGUAUGAGGACCUCACAAGAACUCUCCCCACCAAUGUCACAGUUACAUACCAAGGGACAGGAGCAACACCUGCCUCAUGGGAGAAGCAGCGAGCAGCCCAGGAGACUUUAUUCUAUAAAAAUGCCCUUCCCAAGGUGUUUGAGUCUUUUUUGAGAAGAGAGACCUUUGAUUGUACAUCCAGUGAACCCUGAAGCAGCUCAGUCUGUUCUUUGGAAGAGAAGCAGGAGUGCAGUAUUGCCCACAACCCUCUGGAACUGACAAUUCUUUGACAGGUUCAGACUCACUCUAGCCUUUCUCCAGCCAGAUUUUCCGGUGCCUGUGAAUGGGCACGCUCCCUUUUUCAUGUGGCUAAUAGGGGAUGGCUCUAUGAGCUAAAGAUCCUGACCUUUGAGGCUGAGCUGCAGGCACCAGCCAGUGCUUGGACAGUUACUAUCCCCUACAUAGAAUGGUCUGCUGAAUGCUUUUGGGGCCUGAUGAUGUUUACUUUAUGUCAGCAAAUAAAACAAGACACUGAGGACCCUUCUGGUGGGGACAGAGGGAAUGGCAAAAUUCCACUCAAUGAAGGACUGUUCCAGGAACUCUUGGGAGCUUUGAUUGGCAGUAGUGCAUUUUCUCAUGAAGAUGAAUAAAAUGGCUUUUGAAAAUAAAAUUAUUCAAGGACAAAA